AUGCUCCCAUCGCCCGCACCGCUCCGCGUCCUUAUCCUCGGCUCCGGCGGCCGUGAACACGCCAUCGCGAACCACUUCCUCCGCUCGACCCGCGUUGAGCACGUCUACUGCGCUCCCGGCAACGGCGGCACCGCUACCCUCGGCUCGCGAUGCACCAACCUCGACUCGCCCAAGGCCUCGGGCGACUUUAGCGAAAUCACCGCCUGGGCUGUUCAGAACGGCAUCAACCUCUGCUUCCCCGGCCCUGAGCAGCCGCUCGUCGAUGGCGUCGAGCUAGCUUUUCGCAAGGUGGGCAUCCCCGUCUUUGGACCCUCGCCCGUCGCCGCUCAGAUGGAAGGAUCCAAGACCUUUGCAAAGGCGUUCAUGGACAAGUACAACAUCCCCACCGCUGCGUUCCAGUCCUUUGACGCUUCUCAGGUGCAAGAGUGUCUCGCCUAUAUUCAAAAGCUCGGUGGUGCUCAACAGGUCGUCCUGAAAGCUUCCGGCCUGGCUGCCGGCAAAGGUGUCCUUCUUCCGGAGUCUGAUGAUGAGGCUCGUCAAGGAGUCGAAGACAUCCUCGUCAAGAAGGUCUUUGGCGAUGCCGGCUCGUCGCUUUUGAUCGAGCAGAGACUCGUUGGUCCUGAGCUGUCCGUGCUCGCAUUCUCCGACGGUUACACCGUCACUGCUCUUCCCGGCUGCCAGGAUCACAAGCGCAUCGGUGAAGGCGACACUGGUCCCAACACAGGUGGCAUGGGCGCCUACACCCCCGCUCCCGAAGGUCUGGUCGACGACCUCCCCGCCCGCAUCCGCAAGGAGGUGCUCGUCCCCACCAUCGAUGGCAUGCGUAACGAGGGCUUCCCCUUUGUCGGCAUGCUUUUUGUCGGACUCAUGCUCACUGCCGAUGGUCCCAAGGUGCUCGAAUACAACGUCCGCUUCGGCGACCCCGAGACAGAGGCCGUUCUCGAGCUGCUCGAUGAGUCGCAGACCAGCCUUGCCGAUAUCGUGCUUGCCUGUGUCGAGCGCCGUCUUGACUCGGUCAAGCCCGUCGUGCGCAACCAGCACGCAGUCAGCAUCGUUCUUGCCAGCCAGGGCUACCCCGGCAAAUACCCGACCGGCGUUCCGAUCACCAUCGGCGCUGUUCCUCAAAACGUCACUGUCUACCACGCUGGUACCAAGAUCGAUGCCAGUGGACAGCUCGUCACCGCCGGUGGUCGUGUCAUCGCCGUCUCUGCCUUCGGUGAUUCGCUCCAAGAGGCCGUCGAGCUCGCCUACAAGGGUGUCGACGCCGUUCAGUUUGAAGGCAAGACUUUCCGUCGCGACAUUGCACACCGCGCUCUCAAGCCCGCCGCCAAUUCGAACGGUGCCGGGCUCACAUACGCCGCCGCCGGUGUCGACAUCGACGCAGGAAACUCGCUCGUUGAGGCUAUCAAGCCUCUAGCCAAGUCGACACGCCGCCCAGGGUGCGAUGCGUCGCUCGGCGGCUUCGGAGGUACGUUCGACCUCAAAGCCAUCGGCAUGCGUGACCCGGUGUUGGUCUCCGGUACCGAUGGUGUCGGCACCAAGCUCCGCGUUGCACUCGACAUGAGCAAGCACGACACGGUCGGUAUCGAUCUCGUUGCCAUGUCGGUCAACGACCUGCUCGUGCAGGGUGCUGCUCCCCUCUACUUCCUCGACUACUUUGCGUGCUCCAAGCUGAGCGUUCCCGUAGCCACUUCGGUCAUCUCUGGUAUCGCAGAGGGUUGUCGACAGGCCAAGUGUGGCCUCAUCGGAGGCGAGACCGCUGAGAUGCCUGGUAUGUACGAGGGCGACGACUACGAUCUCGCAGGUUUCGCUGUCGGUGCAGUUGAGCGUGAGGCUCUGCUGCCUCUGCUCGACCAGCUCAAAGCUGGUGACGUGCUUGUUGGUCUGCACAGUUCCGGAGUUCACUCGAACGGUUUUUCGUUGGUCCGAAAGAUCGUUGCCCGAUCCGGUCUUUCGCUGUCUGCGCCCUGCCCCUGGUCUGCAGAGAAGGAUGGCUCUUCUCCUGCCGCCACUCUGGGCGACGCACUGAUCGCCCCCACACGCAUCUACGUUGAUGCUCUCACACCGCUCUUUGCCGAAGCACAAGGCCUUCUUGCUCUAUCGCACAUCACUGGCGGUGGAUUCACAGAAAACAUCCCACGAAUCCUCUCGCCAGGUAAAGGUGUCGAGAUCGACCUGUCAUCAUGGCAACGACCGGCACUGUUCGAGUGGUUGCAAGCCACGGGCAACGUCGAUCCUGAAGAGAUGGCAAGGACGUUCAACAACGGUAUUGGCAUGGUCCUCAUCGUCCAGGAAGCGCAAAAGGAGAGGAUCCUGGGAAUGCUGAGCCAGGCGGGCGAGCGUCCUGUUGUCAUGGGCCGCGUGAUCGACGGUGAAGGUGUCCACUACAAGAACUUGCAGAGCUGGUCGCUCUGA